AUGUGCAUCUUGUGGGGUGCCGCAUCAGUAUGGCUCCUCUAUCACUUAUUGCGGACAUACUUGGCUUUUCAGUCCGAUCGGAAAUCCGGUAUAUUGCGCGGCUGCGAAAGGCCUCCCAGACUACGCAACUGGUGGCCAUGGGGCAUUGAUCGCUUGAUCCAAAUAUGGACUGCCGACUCGGACCAGCGUUUACUGGAUCUAUUUACCUUUCAUUUCCAAGAUUGUGGCACCACAUUGGAGCAGAAGUUUCUCGGAACAAUAGCAUUUGGCACGACCGACCCUGAAAGUCUAGAGGCGCUGAUGACAAAUACCAAUGAAUUUGGCUUCGGACUCCGGAGAAAGAUUCUCUUUCCCUUUUUAGGGGGCGGUAUCUUUACGCAAGAUGGGGAUGCGUGGAAGCAUUCUAGAGAGCUACUUCGCCCACAGCUGUCGCGACAGAAGUACCGAACCCUCGUCGUAUUCAGGUUUCGUAUCGACAAUCUUCUCGGUCAUAUACCUGCUGAUGGAACAGAAGUGGAUCUACAGCCGUUAUUCUUCCGCUCAACAUUGGAAACUACGACGGAAUUCCUGUUUGGAAAAUCAAUCAACAGCAUCGAAUCUGGUGAGUUCAACAAGGGCGAGAAGUUUGCGGAAGGCUUCCAUAAUGCUCAGAGAUAUGUUAUUCAGCGCUUUCGGCUUCUAGACUUAUACUGGUUGAUCGCUGGCCCUGGCUUUUGGCGUUCUUGUGCCUCUGUCCACCAUUUAAUUGAGAAGAUGAUUGACGCUCGCGUGGAAGAUACUUUUGCGACCAGUGAAAAGAAUGGGAAAUGUGUUGUUGAUUGUAUCGCACAGGAUAACUCUGACGUUCUGAGCCGUCUAAACGCCGAGAUAGCAACAGUCGUGGGCAGUGGAGAUGGCAUGACACGCUAUGCCUUGAAACAGAUGCCAUAUCUAGAUAAAGCCCUGAGAGAAGGUGAAUACAUCUCAUUAUCAUGA